CUGGUGCCCCUCCCUCCCGAUCCACAGCCCCCCACCCCGCCGGUGCCCCUCACUCCCGACCUGCAGCCCCUGCUCCCCUGGAUUUUGUCUGCUUCGCUUUGCCCUGCGGGACGCAGGGGCUGGUGGGGCCGGGGCGCAGGGGCAGCCGCCCGCAUUGGGACAGGAAGUGAAGGAGCCCCCUCCGCCAACCCCCAACUGCAAGGACGGGGGGGGCACAUUUCGGGACUGGCCCGAGGAAAGGGGGGGGCUGCAUAUCUCAGCAUGCACCUGGCCGCACCUGGGGGGUGGAGCCUGCAGGUUGUAGCCCGCGCAGCUGGGGGCCUGCUGCGGGGGGGGAGCAGGGAGAUCAGCUCCCGCACGCACGGGUCUGGGGGGGCCCACAUGCCUUGUCUCCUGGUUUCACCCCAUUGCUCUGCCCGCAGGGCAUGGGGCUUGGAGGGGGGGCCCCGGCCAGGGGGGCACUUGGGGGUUGGUUACUUCCCAGGGGCUCUGAUGGGGGGGUCCCCAGCAGGGGAGGGGCUCGGCUGGGUUAUCCCAGCCCCUCCCCCCCCAGCAAGGGGGGAUGGGGGGGCAGCGCAGCCCUGGGAAGCGGCUUGCCCGGCCAUACACCUGUGCCCCCCCAGGGGGUGUGUGGGUCGCCCCUGCCCCACUGCACCCCCCAGCGCUCAGCCCUGCCUGCUAGGGGAGAGGGCCUACCCCACUCCCAGCCCCCCACCCAGCCCUCUGCCCCCCACCUACCUCUUCUCCUUCUCCCACAGGUGCUGCCUGCCCCUGCCAUGGCCCCCCCAGCGCCUGCCCUCCUGCUGGGGUUGGUGCUGCCCUGUGCCCUGGCCUGGUCCACCCCCCUCAGCGCCCCCCGCGUCUCCCUGUCCUACGCAGAGCUCCUGCAGACCCGCACCGCCCGGCCCUUUGCUUUCGCCUUCAACACCAGUGACUAUCGGAUCCUGCUGCUGGACCAGGACCAGGACCGGCUCUACCUGGGGGCCCGCGACUACCUGGUGGCCCUGGACCUCCACAACGUCAACAGGGAGCCGCUCAUCAUCCACUGGCCGGCAUCCCAGAGUCAGCAGAGCGCCUGCCGCAUGGCGGGGAAGGGGCAGCGGGGCGAGUGUUUCAACUACGUGCGUCUGGUCGAACCCCUGAACCGCACCCACCUCUACGUCUGCGGGACGGGGGCCUGCCAGCCCGUCUGCGCCCUGGUGCACCGCGGCUGGCGGUCACAGGAGUACCUGUUCCGCAUGGUGCCGUGGUCCCUGGAGCCGGGGAAGGGGCGCUGCCCGUACGACCCCCGUCAGAGCAGCCUGGCCACGCUCGUCACAGAUGGGACACUCUACGCUGGGCUGCACGUGGAUUUCAUGGGCACCGAUGCGGCCCUUUUCCGCACCAUGGGCCCCCGGCCGGCCGUUCGCACGGAGCGGCACGACUCCCGCUGGCUGCACGACCCCGUGUUCCUCCGGGCCCACGUGGUGCCGGACAGCAGCGAGCGCGGCGACGACAAGCUGUAUUUCUUCUUCCGCGAGAAGGCCCUGGAGGGCGCCGUGGGGCCCGGCGUGCUGGCCCGGGUCGGCCGGGUCUGUCUGAACGAUGACGGUGGGCAGCGGGCCCUGGUCGGCAAGUGGACGACGUUCCUGAAGGCCCGGCUGGUUUGCUCCGUGGUGGGCGAGGACGGGGUGGAGACCUUCUUCGACGAGCUGCGAGAUGUGUUCCUGCUGCCGACUCAGGACGAGAAGAACCCCUGGGUGUACGGGCUGUUCUCCACCCUGGGGUCGGUGUUCCGGGGCUCGGCCGUCUGCGUGUACCCCCUGAGUGCCAUCCGCAGUGCGUUCAACGGCCCCUUCGCCCACAAAGAGGGGCACAGCUACGAGUGGGUGCCCUACACGGGCCGCGUGCCCUACCCCCGCCCCGGAGCCUGCCCGGGCGGGGCCUUCACCCCGGGGCUGGGCUCCACGCGCGAGUUCCCGGACGAGCUGGUGACGUUCGUGCGUUCGCACCCGCUGAUGUACGACCCCGUGUACCCGGUGCCACGCCGCCCCCUGCUGGUCCGCGCCGGCCUCCGCUACGGCUUCACCACGCUGGCCGUCGACCUGGCGCAGGCGGCCGACGGGCGCUACGAGGUGCUCUUCCUCGGCACGGACCGGGGCACGGUGCAGAAAGUGGUGGUGCUGCCGAAGGACCCAGGCGUCCUGGAGGAGCUGACGCUGGAGGAGGUGGAGGUGUUCAAGGCCCCAGUCCCAGUGAAGACGCUCUGGAUUUCCUCAAAGCGGCACCAGCUGUAUGUCUCCUCGGACGUGGGGCUGGCCCAGCUGAGCCUCCAUCGCUGUGGGGCCUACGGCCCGGCCUGCGCCGACUGCUGCCUGGCCCGGGACCCCCACUGCGCUUGGGACGGGCACCGCUGCACCCGCUACAGCCCCGCCCCCGGCAGGCGUGUCCGGCGCCAGGACAUCAAACACGGAGACCCCCUUCGCCAGUGCCGGGGCUUCAACGCCCAGGGCGAGCAGGAGCUGGCGGAGCAGGUGCAGUUCGGGGUGGAGGGGGGCAGCGUCUUCCUGGAGUGCCGUCCCCCCUCCCCCCGCGCCCAGGUCCGGUGGCUGCUGCAGCUGGAGGGUGGCACCCGGCGCCCGCUGCCCCGGGAGCGGGUUCUCCUGCAGACGCCCCAGGGGGUCCUGCUGGGCCCGGUGACGCCGUCGGACGGGGGCCGGUACCAGUGCGUGGGCACCGAGAACAGCUACACGCGCCCCCUGCAUCGCCUGCUGCUCCGGGUCCUGCCCCGCGGCCUGCUGGGGGGCCCCCUGCCCCCCGCCUGCCGGAGCCAGUGGGGCCGGCCCCGCCCCGGAGCCGGGCAGGGGGGCCACAACGGGACCCGGACCGGAGCCGUGGCCUUUGGACCCAGCCCGGGGGGCCCGGAUCGGCGACGGGACCGUUCCGGAGCCAGCCGGCGCCCCCCACCCCGGAACUGACUGAGGACCCGAGGCCGGGGUGAGGGGCUUGGACCCUGGGGGGGCGCCGGCUGGGGGGUGGGUUCGUUCCACAUUCCACGGGGGACCCCGGAGCGAAUCGCCCACUGCUGGGGAGGGGGGGCUGCGUUUCCUUUCCAUGUACAUAGUCUCCUUUGCUGAUGGGGGGGGGAGGCGGGGAACCCGGAUGCCUGGGUUCCCCCCCUCCGUUUGAUUUGCAGAGUCUAUUUUUUCACAGCUGGGGGGAUUUCUAACAGGGCUGGACUUGGGUUGUUUUAAAAUUAAUUUAUUUUUUUAUCCCGCCCCCGAUUUCCUGGGACCCCGUCUGCUGUGGAUGAAUCCGGCUGCUGCCGAUUAAAGGGGCCGGUCUUUGAUUUUC